ACACAGGAAACUAUUGCGAAAUGUGUUUCCAGACUUGAGACUGAAACCCAAACACCAUUUCCUUGAACACUACACUCAUUUAAUCCGCUGCUUUGGACCACUUGUAGAUGUUUGGACGCUACGGUUUGAAGCGAAACAUAGCUAUUUCAAGAAAGUGGUUCAUGACGUCAAAAACUUCAAAAACAUUCUAUUAACUCUUUCUCUCAGACAUGAGCUUAUGAUGGCAUACAACCUGGAAAUGCCCUGCUUGUUUAAACCAACAGUGGAAGUACAAGGAGUAGCAAAUGUUUCUCUGGACAUUCUGGACUCUACCAUUAAGCAAAUUAUUGAGAACAAAUGUGGAACUCUGAACAGUGUAUCUCUGGCCACAACUGCUUACAUACAUGGAACUAGAUAUACCAGGGGAAUGUUUGUGUCAGUGGGAAGUACAAGUGGACUUCCUGAUUUUUGGAAGAUUGUGCAUGUGUUGCUUGUAUGCAACAAGCUAUUCUUUCUUCUAGAAUAUUUCUCAGCCUGGUAUUUGGAGCACCUACGGUGUUACGAAGUCUUCAAGAGAGUCCCUGCCCAACUGAUGGUAGCUGAACCUGAAGAGUUGAACCAUUACAUUCCAUUGUCAGCAUACACUGUGAGAGGACGACAUCUAAUUUCCCUAAAGGCAUUUCUUGUACAUUAAGACAGGUUCGUCAUGCUGCUGCGCAUCAUUUUGAGAGAAGAUGAUAUUAGAAAAGUUAACAUUGAAAACUUGCCUGAGAAUGUGGAUGAGUUCUACUUAACCAUAAAGACCAAACUUGGACUGGAGGGAGACUUCGUGCUUCAGUAUCAAGACCCUGACUUUGGGAAUGACCUGUGCAAUUUAAGUUGCAUGUCAGAACUUCCAAAAGAGAAAGCAACUUUGAAAGUGUGCACCAAGGUACGUGAAUGUUACCACACAGACUCAACUUUAGGCACAGCAAGUCUGUCAUCAUCUUCCCUUGAGGAGGGCCCUUCUGGUCUCAAAACCCGUCAGUUGCCUCAGCCAUUUGUCAUUUCUGCCUUUUCGUAUGAUGUGGAGUUAAAGCUGAAGCAAGGAAAUGAAGCCUACAAUAGAGAUGGAACCCUUCUGGACAUAUCCAAAAACAUGAAGUCUGACAUUUUAGACAAAUUAGCAGAAGCCAUGUAUGCGUACAAUCCCUACCCCACACGUGAAGACUUUGAUAAUGUGGCCCAAGCUCUCGUUCAAAAACAUCCUUGUCUGAAGGAACCUGGCUCCGACCGUGGGUGGUAUUGCUGGAAGUUUAGCUUGCAAUUCAAAAUGGCCAACUUCCGCCAGAAGCUGCGAGUGGCCGGGUGCUCCGAAGUCAUGAUCAAUGCCCGUACCUCUGGACCACAUUCAAAAAAACUCAAGAGGGCCAAAAAAUCUGAAGUGAACUUUCUGCCAGAUUUUCCAGACGGGAAAGCCCAAUGUGACCUUGAAAUGGAGAGGUCUGCCUUGGUCGUUGAGAUGAAGAAAAGAAAAAUUGAUUGGAAGCAAACUGGUAAAAUGAUGACGAGUACUUUUCCGUUGCGGAGAAAAGAAAUAAUUGAAGAUGAGCCUUUUGUGGGACAAGUCAAAGAAAGGUGGCCAGCCUUGUUCACAGAACAGCAGAUUGAAGCAGAAUUUGCUCGGCUUACAUCCGUUGACCUGAAGAGCUCCUUCUUCUCUGGGCUGGACCAGUACCUGACAAGGUUCCUUGAGCUGUACAAAGCCAAGAGUAGCAUCGUGGGAUUGACCAGGCUGAUGAGCUGUCUUAAUGAUGAUAGCUCCACACAAACAAAGAGGACCAUUGUUCUACUGGGCCUUCCCCACUUCCUUAAAGAAGAUCCCUCACGUGUAUUUAAGACAAUACAGGCCACAGAUGAUCAAGCCACGGUCUGUAAGGGUAUGAAAGUCGGUGUUUUGAUGGUGAAAGACGGAGAAGAGGACAUUGCCACAGCAGUCGUCCUUGAGGAAGAAGUGAUCUUGCCCGAAGUGAAGGACGUCCCUCAUGCCAUUGCCUUGCUAAUGGGUCUUCUUUUUGCCCUCAACAUAGACUAUCCUAAAGAAUUGAGGUAUACAUUUGAAGUUACUCAGAAGGUCCUGAUGAACAUCGGUGGAGGGCAGUGUUCUUCACUUGUCCAUGGCUUGAGAAACAGACUCUUGCGAAAAACUUUGUAAUAUGGCAUAAGACGUUUGAGCUCAACAUGGUUAAACUCGGUUGGUUGAAUUGUGCAAAAAUCUUUUUUUGCUUGUUUGAUUUUUAACAAGGAUUUUACCCGAGUAAGAUAAGAAGACUGGUGUAAAAUGUUCUCUCUGCAUUGCCAAACGUCUAAAACUGUCAGAUUUAAUAAUAGCGGUAAAUUAUCUUUUGUAAUCACAAUGGAAUAAAAAAGACCCCAAGAAACAAUUAGGCAAUAUCUGAGAAGGAGGUAAGAAUGGCUGGUGGAAUAAAGUUUCCCUGACUUGUAAAUGUAAAUGCAUACACACACACACAAGCUUGAAUGUUUUGAAUGCUCAGCAUCUAACCCCAGUGUGAUAUGACCGAAGGAGGUCUGUAGUUCUGUGUGAACCAAAUGUUUGUCUGGUCAAUAAAAAAGUAGUGUGAUGCA